UGUUAGAACCAGAACAAACCUUUAAUUUGUAUUAUUGUUUGAAAUAGUAAACAAAUUUUAUUUAUUGAGUAAUAGUGUGAAUUGGGUUUCAAUACUUACUCAUAAUAUAAUUUAUAAAAUAUGGGGGUUGAAGGAGAAUAUUGUGAAGGACCUUGUAAAAUAUUAGAGUUGCCACACUAUGUACUUACUACAUUGUUUUCCUAUGUGGAUUCAACAUCUCUUUAUCAUUUGAGCCAAACCUGCAACUACCUCAGAGACAUCAUCGAAGAUCCUUCUUUUUGGCGUUAUAUAGACGCUAGGGAAGAACCUAAUACUUUGGAGAAGAUUCAGUAUUGCACAAAUAGGGUGCACGAAAGGACAACUCAUCUUCUUUUACGUGGAAAUUUGAACUUAUUUGGUUUUCCCAUUGCCUUUUUCGAACAAAUAAAAUCUUUUGGAAAUAUUACAGUCCUUGCAUUAGAGAAUGUGAAACUUCAAGGUUCAAAGGUAGCCUUGAAAGAUUUUCCCCCCGGCUUAGAGGAAUUGAGCCUCAAAAGAACAUAUGUGAAGAACUCAACUUAUUUUUUUCAGCAUUCUGUAAGAAAUCUGAAUAAACUUAGGGUCCUUAUUUUGGAUGAAUGCCGUUGGGUAACUUGUAGUUUUAUCCUAUCAGUUUCCAAAUAUGAACAUUUGGAAAUAAUUUCUAUUGUUAAAUGCUUGAAGGUUCAUUUAGAUAUGGUUCCAUACCUAAACAUUGCUAAGUUUGGUUGUAAGAAGUUGAAGGUUUUUGACUGCAGAUUCACAGGUAUUGGUGGAGAACUGCUUCGUACAUUUUACAAUAAAGAAGCUUUGCAGAGACUUUACUUCCAAAGUUUUAAAUCUGCAGAAGUAGAUUAUAAUGAGAAAAUAAUCGAUUCUGAAAGUGGAUUUAAAAAAAAUCCUCCUGAUCCCAAUACUGCAAUGAGUAUUUCAGACAAGCACCUUUUUGAGUAUGCCUCUAAGAUCGGUAAAGCAGCAGAUGAAGUUGAGAAAGUAUUCGAUAGCCUACUCUAUAAAGAUCCCUAUCCAGAGUGUACUUGUGGUUCAAUAGAGUCCGAUGAAGUUCCAUCAUGUAAGGAAUAUAUUUAUCGAGUUAUUUGCAAAAUUGCUUAUCCCUUUUGA